GUAUGGUAACACCAACCAUGUGAUAUUUAUAUUUUUGAUUUGUUUUGGUUGCCUAUCAUGUGUCAAUGUCAACUGAAAACGUGUAUGAUAGGUUAUAAGUUUUAAAAUUAGUGUUUUUGUAAGUUUAAACUGAAUAUAUUCAAGAUGCCUAAAGCAAAGCCGAGUUUAGACAAACUAAAGCAUCCAAAUAGCAGGAAGACAAUUUCACUCGCAAAAAAGAUGAUAAAAGGUGAAAAGAAAAAUCAAAAUAAACUUGGUACACAUAUUAAAAAUAAUUUAAUCGGUGAAAAAAUUAUGUGGUUUAAGGAAAGAGUACCUCCGGAUUGUACCACUUUAACUAAAGAACAAACUUUGGAUUUAGUACAAACUUAUUUGUCACGAUUUGACGAGGAAUUGGAACAAAUAGCAAUUAAAAAUUCAGUUGGUCAAAGGAAAAGUCGCCAGCACGCGAGUAGAGAAGAUAUCAUAAAAAUAACGAAGGAACGCGAGGUGGGAGAGUUUGAAUCGUGCGGCCUGGAAAUGCCAGAUUUAAUGAAUCCACAACAAAUGGAGGUUCUAAAGAAUUGGAAUGGUGAAUUGAGAUUUCUACAGCACUUCAAAUUAAAAAGGAUAUCAAGGAAAAUGUUACAAGAUUGAUAUUUUUAUUAUAUUGUUAAUAAAGGAUAAGUUUGAAUUUGUA